AUGGCAAAAGAACGCUCUGCUAGCGUUUCCAGGCAAGAAUUUGACUUGAUUCAACGAAGCAAAAAAAAGGUGAAAGAUCGUGAAAGAGUGGAUCUCAAUCAGCCUGGCGACUCUAUGGAAGGGGCUACUGAGAAUUUUAAGGCUCCGGCAAACAAUUCAAAAGUCUCGUAUAAAGAAUCUCUUCUCUCGAUCCCCGGCUCGUCAGUAGAUCCUAAUGAAGAGGUGCUUGAGCCCAUAGACGAAGAUGCGUCAGACCCGGAGGAUCGUUGGUAUAAAGAAGUGGAAUGCAAGGAGGACAAACCCUUUGAUGCUUGCCCAACCAUUCCAAUUAGUAAAGAUGAAUUUGAAGAAUGGUGCAAGCCAUGGCAUGCAGCUCUCAUUGUGAAAGUUCUCGGCAAAAGAGUGCAUUUGGGAUUCAUGAAACAGAGACUGAACAGAGAUUGGGCAAAAAAAGGUCAAAUUAACGUUAUUGAUAUGGAUCGUGACUAUUUUUUGGUUCAUUUUACAGAUGAAGAAGACUAUAACCAUGCUCUCGUGGAAGGACCUUGGAUGAUUACGAGUCACUACCUAAUUGUUCAGAGAUGGAGACCGUUCUUUCUCGCAUCGGAAAAUAUAGCAAAGAAGAUUGCAACUUGGAUCCGCAUUCCAAACCUUCCGAUUGAACUAUACAAUCACCGAUUUCUCUCAAGAGUAGGAUCGACCCUCGGCACCAUGCUUAAGAUUGAUCGUGCAACUUCAGUUCAUUCCCGGGGACGCUUUGCCAGAAUUUGUGUUGAAUUAGGCCUAUCUAAAAAACUUGUUCCAAGAAUUUUGGUUCUUGGGCAAAUUUUGAAUGUUGAAUACGAGGACCUGCAUCUUAUUUGUUUCACUUGUGGGAAGUAUGGUCAUCAACCAGAUCAGUGUAGUGAAAUGCAUGACGGUAAGGUGGCACCGAAGAACAUAACCAUAGACGGCGAAGAGGGUAGCCCAGGGUUUGCUGGAGAGGAAGGCAUUAAUCACGCCAACAUUACCGGGCAAGGGGCCCAAGAAUCAAUUCAAAAAAGACAAGUAAAUCAGGAUUCCCCAGAAUUUGGACCAUGGAUGCUAGUAAAAAGGCAAGUGAGGAAAAAAUCAACAGGAUCAAAGGGUGCUAAUUAUAAGAAAGAUUCUCUUUCUAAUUUGGAAGCUAAAACCUCCAAUAGAUCAAGAUUUAAUAUCUUGGAUGAGGGUACUACGGAACCUAGUCAUGAGGAGAAUGUUCAUGAAGAGUAUUGUGGGGAGGAAUCUAUGCAAAGUGGGCCCGUUGUGAUGGAGCAAGAUAGGCCUAGCAAGUUAAUAACACCAAAAGCCCAUAAGGAAUAUGGAAGGCCAACCUAA